GAGUAUUAAUUAGUCCAUAUAAAUACACUCCCUCCCCCCUAUUCUUUCAUACUUAGCUCAUCUCUCUUUCUCUCCCUCUCUUCUACAUUACUUAGUGUGAUAAGAAGAAUAACAUGGCUUCACAGAAACAACAGCUUGGCUCGGGAAAAGACUACUAUGACCCUCCACCAGCUCCGUUAUUCGAUACCGAUGAACUAAGCCAAUGGUCAUUCUAUAGAGCUGUCAUUGCGGAGUUUGUAGCUGCUCUUAUUUUUCUCUACAUCACUGUUCUUACAGUGAUUGGAAACAAAGCCCAAACCGACCCCGCCAUGAGCCUUGACGCUUGUGGCGGUGUUGGGAUUCUUGGCAUUGCUUGGGCUUUUGGUGGUAUGAUCUUUGUUCUUGUUUACUGCACCGCCGGUAUUUCUGGUGGGCACAUAAACCCAGCAGUGACAUUCGGGCUGUUCUUGGCUCGAAAAGUCUCACUGCUGCGAGCCUUGUGUUAUAUGGUAGCGCAAUGCUCAGGAGCCAUAUGUGGAGUAGCAUUAGUUAGGGCGUUCCAAAGUACAUACUACGACAAGUAUGGUGGAGGGGCGAACAAGCUGUCUACUGGGUUUAGCACCAGCACUGGUUUAGCCGCCGAGAUCAUCGGUACCUUCGUACUUGUUUAUACUAUUUUUUCUGCGACUGAUCCUAAGAGAAGUGCAAGGGACUCACAUAUUCCUGUAUUGGCACCACUUCCUAUUGGAUUUGUGGUAUUCAUGGUUCACCUUGCCACUAUCCCGAUCACCGGAACUGGCAUCAAUCCUGCUCGGAGUCUUGGAGCUGCUGUUAUCUACAACAAGCACCAGAUUUGGAAUGACCAUUGGAUAUUUUGGGUUGGACCUUUCAUUGGAGCAGCUAUAGCGGCAUUCUACCACCAAUUUAUUCUUAGAGCUGGCGCUGUCAAAGCUUUGGGAUCAUUCAUGAGCAACAGCUCACAAGUAUAAAUAUACUCUUGAAAGAAGAUUAGUCUUAUUAUUAUUGAAAUUGAAAUUUGUUUGAAUUACUUUUACAGGAUUUAUACAAAUGUAAUCAUUGUUGUUGGAACAUUAUUUAAUUAUUCUGUUUAUGAAUCUCGGAACUAUAUUAUUAUGAUGCUCACAAA